AUGCCUGAUCUAGCCGGCCUCCAUGAUGUCACCUCUCCCUGCGUGAUGAUUGGCGGCAACGGAUCUGGAGAGCUCCACCCAGUCUCUUCUCCAGCGACGGAGACCGAAGAUAGAAGAUCCAAGGUGUGCUUCCAUGUCUUGACGGACGGUGUCGAGCCAAGUCUUCCGUUGCCCUCCUUGCUUCUCUGUCUUGACGGACAGUGUCGAGCCAGGUCUUCAGUUGCUCUCCUCUUCGACGCUUCCAGGUGA